AGAGGAUUCUUUUGUUUCGAGUAGGUCGAUCUAAGGCACAUGGACGAGAAAUCGGGAAGCAAUGUAGUGGACGUGGGAGUCGAUCUCUCCGAAUUCUACAUGUCGGUAGAAUGGGAUAUUUUAGAAGUACCUGCAGUACGAAACGAGAAAUUUUACACCUGCUGCGACGAGCCGUAUCUGGAUAUCACGUUUAACAUAACAAUGCGAAGAAAAACACUUUUCUACACUGUGAACAUAAUCAUUCCGUGUAUGGGAAUUUCCUUUCUUACGGUACUGACGUUCUACCUACCUAGCGACAGCGGCGAAAAGGUCACGCUCUCCAUUUCCAUUCUCAUCAGCCUUCACGUGUUUUUCCUGCUGGUCGUCGAGAUCAUUCCACCUACGUCGCUGGUCGUGCCGCUGCUUGGAAAGUACCUGAUAUUCGCCAUGAUACUCGUCUCGAUAAGCAUAUGCGUGACAGUGGUUGUGCUUAAUGUUCACUUUCGAUCGCCGCAAACUCACAAAAUGGCGCCAUGGGUGAAGAGGGUUUUUAUCCACAUCCUUCCUCGCCUACUGGUUAUGCGGAGGCCCCAAUAUAAAUUCGAAACAAAUAGCUUAUCAAAGGAGAAAAGAAGAGGCAAAAGAAAAUAUAGUUCUGGCAGAGUGCUAAUGAAAACAGUCGGAGGGAAGGAAAAGCCCUUCUAUUAUCCUUAUCAUCCAUCUACUCAGGAGGACAGCGAAGAACAUCUAACACCCAAACGAUUUCACAGCCGCAUGCGUGCUGCAUCGAAGGAAGACCUCUCACCUUCCAGCCUUGCUGACGGUGCAAGGUUCGGUGGAAGUUGCUUAAUCCACGGGCCACCGUUACCACCGCUUCCUCUUCAUACAGAAUGCGAGGAUCUCUCUGUUUCUGGCGAAGCAGGAAUCGAAGAGGUGAAAAGUCCGGUACUACGAAGUCCACCAGCCUUCUCGCAUUCGCGUUGUCCUCCCGAAAUUCACAAAUCCUGCAUCUGUGUGCGUUUUAUCGCAGAGCACACCAAGAUGCUCGAAGACUCGACUAAGGUGAAAGAAGACUGGAAAUACGUGGCGAUGGUCUUGGACAGACUGUUUCUUUGGAUCUUCACUUUGGCGGUGCUGGUUGGCACAGCUGGCAUCAUCCUGCAGGCUCCCACCCUCUACGACGACCGAGUACCAAUUGAUAAAAAAUUCAGCGAAUUCGCAACCACGACGGUAGUAAACUGUCCGCCGCAAUAGUCCAUGCUCGAGCCCUGCACCGUAGAGAAAGACUAAGGACCAACACCCGGAUGUAAUUUACUACCAACCCGGAAUCCCACCCUAGUCUUAGGAACUUCCAGAUUCCACCGCUGUUCAAUAACGAAAUUACGGUAAAAGGGCUCCAUUCCCCAAAGCAAUUGCAAAGUAUACGACAAGCACCAAGUUUCACAAAGGGAGAACAAAGAAAUGAAAGGACGAAAGUUGAAGGAAAUACUAUAUGAGAUUAUCUUUCUAUAUACCCUCUGCCACCUCCCGGUAUCGUCGUGAAAUCUGACGUUGUUCCUAAAAUAAUAAUAAUAAUAAUAAUAAUGCAAAUUGCUACACGGACCGAUACGUUGGAAACGAUGCGUCGUCAAGGAGAGAAUACUUUGGAAUGUUAACGCUUUAAGUUGAGAAAAUAUAUUUGCCAGAAGCAUCGUGGAGAAAAUCUAUUCCCUGUGACUUUCCUUGUUUCGAUCGUUACGAACCUAAACAAACGAACGACUGCGACGCGAUCAUCGACCGUCUAUGAACCUUGAUUUAUUUCCUAGCUUCGUUCGAGUAUUGCCGUUGUGAAUAAAAGAAACGAUCGACUCGUCGAUACGUUGCGAACAAUUUUGGAAAGGAACUUAUAUCUACAUAGUCUGCUCAAGUAAAUCGUAAUAUGAAGCUGCCACUAUUUAAAAUCGGGUUAUCUUAAAGCAACAAGCUAAUUAACGGUACAUUGUAAUAAUAAUCUAGCUAAGCCCAUGGCGGCUCUGAUCGAACUACCGGGAUGCUCGAGUAGAUCGAACGAACAAACAGAAUGUUGGAACGUUGUUCACGGUGAAUACGAUUGGUCCCGGACUAGGGGUUACGAACAUUCACGAGUAAACUGUCGCGUGUUUUAUAUAUCCCGUUUACCCGACAUGUUAAGAGAAAUUAUUCUAGGUAUCACGAUCGUAGGUAGCUCGUUGUACGACACGAAUUUAGCGUGUAACAUUACGUAUAACCGAUUAGUUGUAAACAUUUAGGGACGUACCCGUUUGUACGAAUGUAUCUAUAAGGGAAACGGAGCAGAGGAAAGCAUUGAUUUCAAUGUAUGUGCAUCCAAAUGUCACUUGAGAUUGUUACUCGAUAUUUUAUCCUUCGAACGUUUUUC